CCUAAAAAUUGCACAAUAGUCCCUAUAAAUUUAAAAUUUUACAAUAAAAGUCUUUUGCAUUUUAUAUUUUGGUCCCCAGCAAUAUUCAUGUCUUCUUCCCGUUUCCUUAGGCUGUAUAAAUGCUUGUCCUCCGAUCUCCUUCUUCCCACAUGAUUCAACUGCUUCUUCUCUUUCUUUCUCACACACACACACGAAACACGUAGUGAUCAACAGCGAUUAAGCAUGGUUCUAUCCAAGGCCGUGCAAUCGGAGUCCGAUAUCUCCCUCCACUCCACUUUUGCAUCUCGAUAUGUGCGCGCAGUUCUUCCAAGGUUUAAGAUGCCUGACAAUUCGAUCCCUAAGGAGGCUGCGUAUCAGAUAAUAAACGAUGAGCUGAUGUUGGAUGGAAAUCCCAGGCUGAAUCUGGCGUCGUUCGUGACGACAUGGAUGGAGCCUGAAUGUAAUAAUCUAAUGAUGGCUGCCAUUAAUAAGAAUUACGUUGACAUGGAUGAGUAUCCGGUCACGACUGAGCUCCAGAACCGUUGUGUAAACAUGAUCGCACAUCUCUUCAAUGCACCACUUGGAGACUCAGAAACCGCAGUUGGAGUCGGGACCGUAGGGUCAUCGGAGGCAAUCAUGCUGGCUGGAUUGGCUUUCAAAAGGAAAUGGCAAAACAAGAUGAGAGCUCAAGGAAAACCUUGGGAUAAACCUAACAUUGUCACCGGUGCCAAUGUCCAGGUAUGCUGGGAGAAAUUCGCAAGGUAUUUUGAAGUGGAAUUGAAGGAGGUAAAAUUGAGGGAGGGUUACUAUGUGAUGGACCCUGAUAAAGCCGUGGAGAUGGUCGACGAAAACACCAUCUGUGUGGCCGCGAUCUUGGGUUCGACCCUCAAUGGUGAAUUUGAAGAUGUUAAGCGUUUGAACGACCUCCUAGUCGAGAAGAACGCAGAAACUGGAUGGGAUACGCCGAUCCAUGUGGAUGCUGCGAGUGGAGGGUUUAUCGCACCCUUCCUUUACCCAGAAUUGGAAUGGGAUUUCCGGUUGCCGUUGGUUAAGAGUAUAAAUGUUAGCGGUCACAAGUACGGUCUUGUGUAUGCCGGAAUCGGGUGGGCGAUUUGGAGGAGCAAAGAAGACUUGCCUGACGAACUCAUCUUUCACAUUAACUAUCUUGGUGCUGAUCAACCAACUUUCACCCUCAACUUCUCCAAAGGUUCGAGUCAAGUAAUUGCUCAGUACUAUCAACUCAUUCGCUUGGGUUUUGAGGGAUACAAAUGCAUCAUGGAAAACUGUCAAGAGAACGCGAUGGUCCUCAAGGAAGGACUAGAGAAAACGGGUCGCUUCAAUAUCAUCUCAAAAGACAACGGUGUCCCACUCGUAGCCUUCUCGCUAAAAGACCACAGCCAACACAACGAGUUCGAGAUAUCAGACAUGCUGAGGCGGUUCGGAUGGAUCGUGCCGGCUUACACGAUGCCACCGGACGCACAACACGUGACAGUUCUGCGGGUGGUGAUACGAGAAGACUUUUCAAGGACGUUGGCAGAACGGCUAGUGACGGACAUCUCGAAGGUGCUUCAAGAGCUUGACACGCUGCCGGCGAAGUUGAAUGCGAAGAUGGCAGUGAGUGCAGAAAAUGGGGUGGUGACUGAACACGAUAUGGAAGUGCAAAAGAAGAUAACUGAUGCUUGGAGGAAGUUCGUGGCUGAUAAGAAGAAAACUAACGGUGUGUGUUAGAUGUGGGAGCAUUGUAUGGUGUGAGAAAUAUUUAAUAACGGAUCAGUUUGUGUCAUCUGAGACGGUCACUGAUGCUUGUAUUCAAUCCUACUCCAAACCCCUCAUCAUAAACGAGUAUUUUUUGUGUGUAUUUCAUAAUUAUUCUUCUGUUUCAGAGGGUUAGAGCCGUUCUUUAGCAUCUUAAACAUGAGCAUCGAUUAAAGAGAAUUAUAAAUAUUUAAUUUUUU